CAAUCAAUCACCCCAAAAAUGCGACAACCACUUCUCUGCUGACAACGAAGGUGCCCGAACUGAUACUCUCUAUUUUUGUAUCUUAUUACAAUGCGGAAUCGUAUUCUUCCAUGAUCCGACGAUUCACGAAAGGCCGCCGCUGAGCAGUCUCGGAUUUUGUUGACAGACAUCCAACGCCGCAACGGACCAUGGCUGCCGCAACAUUUGAGAACGCUCACAAGUUCGACAUUGGGUCUUGGAAUUGGACCUUUAAUGCCACUCAAUAUGUCCCAUCUGCGAAAGAUCUAGCCCUUGCUGGCCCGCGAAUGUUUAUGAAGCUUGGUUCCUUCCUCAAUUAUCCAGAAACGCUCGACAAUAUCUUAGGGGGAGGGAGAUUGGGACAACGUAUUAUACCAGAGGCCACUGGGGCAGGAAUAGUUGAUGCAGCGACUACAGCCGCUGCUGGAGGCCAAGCAGCGAGACAAGCUAUCCAGACAGGCACACAGAUCCUGAUAGACGCGGAUGAGCCUGGCGGUGGAAUCACAUCUCGAUUUACACUAGAAGGUGUCCGGAGCAUAUCCAACGUUUUCAGCUACGCAACAAGCAAAUGGGCCUUGGGUUGUGUAAUAGUAGCCGUUGUUCUGAAUAGGACCUAUGUCUACGCUUCGACAAGACGGAACCUCGUCCUCCCUUGGAAAGUUCGGCUCGCUCUUCGACUCAUUCCAAUACUGCUCCUUGUCGUCCAAGCUCGGUCUCUGCUUCAAUCCAUACAAUGUCAGACUUCUCCUGAUUUUUCCGAAUUACGCUGGGGAAAUGCUUCGAAGACUUCAGCGCUAUACUUCACUCAGAACGGUGGCUUUCUCCAUGAAUUCAGUCAAACGCUCUUGUUCCGGGCAAGUGAUGAAGAGUCAUGUCUAGCCGUACGGAUGAUCCCUCUUGAAGACGAUGAUACUUCACAAUUGACAGGCUCUCUAUCCCUACUUUGGCCGCUUUUCAAGAGCUUUUCGUUCAGUCAGUUCGUGGAAACCAUUUCAUGUGCCGUGCAAGGACGCCAGGUGGCCGGAGAGACAGGAAUGACUCUCUUUGAGCACUCCCUGGCCUUUGCUGAGGCUGAAGCUGCAAUUGGAAAUCAACUUGGCUUUGGGUCCUUCGGAAGCACGAACCCUGCAGGUUGGCCAAAUUCGACAUCAACUGCUGAAGCUACUGAGAUUGCCAUUACUCGAUCGAUGAUCAUGAGGAAAGUUAAUACCACUCCCGAAGUUCUACUUGUAGGCUUUCUAUCAGCCAUGAAUCACCUCACGAGCCACAUCCUCGCGGUUUUCAACGCUCAAGGUCGUUUCAGGCUCGCGAAUACAGGGUUCUGGGGGUUGUCAUUCAUGGCUGCUAUUGUUGUAAGCGUCUGGAACUUUUCCUUGGACGAUGACUUGGGAACUCAAAGUCUUCUAAGAUUUCCAACCGUGUGCAUAAUUGGAUUCAUUCCUCACGUAUUGGUGCUUUGCGGCAUUAUAGGUUGUUCUUUCAUCUAUGUAGCUGCUCUGGCUCUAUCGGCUCUCGCCCCUCCACGGGUCGAGGAGGCAAAUGGAGAUGAUGCCGAUGUCCCAGCGAAUCAAUCAACCUUCGUUCGUCGGUUUCUUGCUGCACAUAACAACAUGCAAGCCAACGUACAACUUUCUAGCAUAAGGGUCACAUUACACAUGGACUUCUAUACAGCGUUACUGCGGACUGGCUUUGCUGUCAUGACAAUGGCAAGUGAAGCAGUAUACCUAAAUGAAAGUCGAGGAGUUAGCAUCAAGCAAAGAACGUGGCUCGAGGAGGACCGCUUGAGAGAAAUUGAGCAGGUGGGAGCUCAGUGGCUUGGCCCAAAUUUCCGACUACAUGAUCCGGACUCGAGUUCUGCCGAUGGUUUGACUGACAAUGUCGGGCUCGUUGCUGCUAACGACCAGCCGAUGGAUCUGUUACAAAAGUCAUCCAGUGGGUAUGCCAGAGAAAUGACGGCGAAGAAAUUACCAAAGCUGGGAAAGCCACGUGAGGGACAAGGACCUGGAUUAAAUGGUGUAGGCGCUACAGAGAGAAGCGGUCGAUGGGUUAUGGUAUUGGAAUUCUUCUUGGGAAUCAGCAGACUUUUACUGAGCUGGUGGGCUUCUCUGAUUCUAAAAUGCCUGUCCGGGGCAGGCUUCCGAACUAGACCUCAAUGGCUUGUCUGGUUGGUUAGGAUGCCAAAAAAGAGUCAGGCUGAGACUCAGACACCUGAUAGCAGUGAUCCCGACUCGCUGAAGUUUUAUCUUCUUAGUAUCGAUGGAGAACUGACACUACCAAGAGAUGAUCAUGUGGACGUGGAGGCUGAGAUGAGGGAGACACUGCGCAGAAAACGUGGAGAGUGGAACCAAGCCGAGGAGAAGAACCUUGACUCCAAUCUUUACAAUUGGUGGUUGCAUGGUGGAUGGUGGGGUGCGGACGAUGGCAGUGGCCAGUUCAUUCCGGGUCAACAGGAGCUCGAUGAAGAUACCACCAGCGUUGUUUCUUUCUCGACAACAACUACCGACGAUGAGCAAGAGUGGGUUUCGGAGAGCGAGAACGAUGAUGGUAGAAGAACCCCAACACAGAGAUACCCAGACUUCUCAAGAGAUUCAACACCCUUGAAUGACACCCCUCUAAACGCAUCAGAUCUUGCACAGCUCUUGAACCCCAAGACGCCUGAACAGCGAGCUGAGGCAAAAGCUCUCGCAGCCCAUCUUGCGAGUGACAACAUUGUGACUCGCUCUCGAUACCGAAACAUUGUCCAACGAGAACGAGCGAAAGUGCUUACCUCUACCCGGCAUCGCCCUGAUAACUUCAAGCCAUCAUUGCCUUCCGGCAAGCUUACACCGGAAGAGGAAGCACAGAUUCUCGAGCACUUGAUAAUUUCACGCCGCAGCUUUCAAAACGCAACUGUAUCGACGCAGGCAACCUCAUGGUCGCGAGGUGCUUCUGGCAUGGGUGAAGGAGGUCCACAAUGCGUUGUGUGCCAGAGCUCACCGAGAAGCAUUAUCGUGUGGCCAUGUCGAUGUUUGAGUCUUUGCGAUGAUUGUAGGGUCACACUAGCGAUGAAUAAUUUCGACAAAUGCGUGUGCUGCCGGAGGGAUGUAGCAAGUUUCUCGAGGAUUUUUGUACCAUAGAUUUCGAAGGAGCAAUGCAUAUCAUGGAACUAGCAAAUGGAGUUAGGGGCGGGCAUUGUGGUGAAACGGAUUCAUUCACUUACUUCCUUUGUACUGUAUGUUUGAUAGACUGGAAGCAUGAACACACAAUCUUCCCGAGUCACUGUUGGAAAUAGCAAUGAGAAAGCGAUAUGCAUGCAACAU